UUCACUUCAACAACCCUUUGCUUUUUGAUGUGCCCUGGUUGCUUGCACAACACUUAGGGUAUACAAAUUGAAUUGGUCGGCAUGGCAACACAUAUGGUUAUAUACCUAGUUUCCUCUGAUGUAGUGGUACAUUGGCAUUCACUCCUCAGGUUAUCUAUGUGUGUCACCUUGCUCAUGGUUUUACUUUAUGCUAGUAUGUUUCUUACGUCAUUUCAUUCCAGUUGGUCUUGUCAUGUUAAGUUUACAUCUACAUGCAGGUGGGAGCUACUCUAGAUUCUGUAGAGCUACUUGUGGAAGAACAAGUUCUGGACCCAUUAUUUUUGAAUAAGACCAACGUAAUGGAUGUUGCUCAAAAUCUUUCAACAGCAAAGAAUAAUGAGAUCCAAUUCUUGACGGGUAUGCUGGGUAUGGCUGAGGAGCAGAAUAGCCUUAUCCGCGCUCGUGUUGAAAGCCUUAAGCAAGGAAUGCAAGAUGCCUCGGGCAUUGCAGAUGCCGUACACAAGCUAAGAUGCAGGAGUGUAAGUUACGGGAGCUGCGACAGCAAUGCAAUCCAUGAUGCGUAAUGUGGUAGAUUUCUCCCAUUUAUGUGCAUCUUGUGUUUGUCAUUUUAUUUUAUUCACAAUCAGAAUUUCACUGGUUGCUAAUUGUAAUACUUGUUUUAGCAUGUCUAGAAGCUCAUUUAUAGCUCUCAAGAAUUCUUGUUGUUGGACGUUUUUCUGUCAUUUUGAAGAAAUUGAGAAAUUGUUUCUAUUGCUCUUAUGUUGAUGUUUU